CGGGGCGCAGCGCGCAGCCUGCCAUCGGUGCCCGGCGGGGGAGGCGGCCGGGCCCCAGCCUGCCGGCGAGCGGCCGCGGGGCCGUGCUCCCGCUGCCCCGGAAGGACAAGGCGGUGCUGGGAAGAUGGCGGCGGCGGCGGCGGGAGGGCCGGUGGCGGCCCCGGUGUGCGUGCUGGUGCUGGGCAUGGCCGGCUCCGGGAAAACCACCUUCGUGCAGCGCCUGGCGGCCCAGCUGCACGCGCAGCGCUGCCCCCCGUACCUGAUCAACCUGGACCCCGCCGUGCGCGACCUGCCCUUCCCCGCCAACAUCGAUAUCAGGGACACUGUGAAGUACAAAGAAGUCAUGAAGCAAUAUGGACUGGGUCCAAAUGGUGGAAUAGUGACCUCUCUCAAUCUGUUUGCUACAAGAUUUGAUCAGGUAAUGAAGUUUAUUGAAAAAAGACAAAAUGCAUCCAAGUAUGUUAUUAUUGACACACCAGGGCAAAUUGAGGUGUUCACCUGGUCAGCAUCAGGGACCAUCAUAACUGAGGCCUUGGCUUCCUCUUUUCCUUCUGUUGUAGUUUAUGUGAUGGACACCUCUCGCAGUACUAACCCUGUCACCUUUAUGUCCAACAUGCUGUAUGCCUGCAGUAUCCUGUACAAGACAAAACUGCCUUUCAUUGUUGCCAUGAACAAAACUGACAUAAUUGACCACAGUUUUGCAGUGGAAUGGAUGCAGGACUUUGAGACUUUUCAGGAUGCCCUGAAUCAAGAGACAUCCUAUGUCAGUAACCUGACUCGUUCUAUGAGUUUAGUGUUGGAUGAAUUUUACAGUUCACUGAAGGUGGUUGGUGUUUCUGCUGUGCUUGGCACUGGACUGGAUGAUUUUUUUGUUCAGCUUUCUAAAGCUGUAGAUGAAUAUGAGAGAGAAUAUCGUCCAGAAUACGAACGCCUAAGAAAAACACUGGAGGAAGCUCAAAAUAAACAAAAGAAAGAGCAGCUGGAACACUUGUGGAAGGACAUGGGCAGCGUGUGUGUGCAGGGGAACACACUUGCAGGGUCUGAUGAUGCUUCUGCAAUGGGUCCCUCUGAGCUGAUCCUGACACGAGGAACUCUCGAUGAUGAAGAAGAAGAAGAAAGGGAGAGUGAUACUGAUGACAUUGACCAUGAAGUUACUGAGGAGAGUCGUGAAGAACCAGCCUUUAGAAAUUUUAUGCAAGAGACACGGAUGAAAUACCAGAGAAGAAGCAAUCUGAAUCAGUGAGACCUUCUGAAAUAGAGGGUUUGGAAUCCAUUGUAAUGGAGUUAUAAGUAAAGGAACAGCAUACAGAAACUUGCAUGGAUCCAUGAAUGAAUUCUUCUAUCUGUGAGCAACUUUCUCUGAUGUAUUUAUCUUCCUGCAGAAACUGUUGGUCAUGCGAGUUGAAGGGCUUGUAUCCAACUGACUGCACAUUUGUCCAUCUGUCUGUGUCUUCCUGAAGCGGAAGGAACAAGAUAGCACUUUCUUUUGCUCCAGGUUCUUCAGAUGUGCCUGUUGAGAGCUUAGAUUUUGAGCUCUUGACAGGAUGAGCAUCCAGAGUACUUAGUGGUCUCUAAGAGUGCUUUCUGUUCACAUUGUGCAGACAGGUGUCUGCUGCAGCCCGGGCACAAGUAAAACCUCUCCUGUACAAAACCUCACCAAUGUAGUGUUUCAUGUUUUGGUUUUAAUUAAAUAUAUUUUAUGUACAAACAA